AAAUUGAAUUUUAUAAACUUGUGAUUCAAAAAGCUCGUGCUUCAUAAAAUUUGUUAUCUCAUUUGUAGAUAUUUUCCCCUUUUAACUUUGAUAUGUCUUUCAUGACCUACAUGGUUAUUAGACGAUUGAUUAACAUUCGUUUUCGUCAUUUCCAAUCAGUCAUUAUGGUCACAUGAAAGCACAAAUUUGAAAAGCUGUGCAUAGCUGUUCUGGUGAGAGUUUGAUUUAAAUUUCAAGUACUUCAACUUUCAAGUUCAAAUGAAAUUUAGUGUCGGUCUCGCAAAAUCGUUGAACUUGUGAAGUUUAAAAUUCCAGUUCCUUUACAAAUAAAUUAUACUGUGCAAUCAUGAAAGACAAGAAUCAGAAAUUGGCUCGUUGGUAUUUUGGUGGCUUGGGUUCCGCUGGAGCUGCCUGCUGUACUCAUCCGCUGGAUUUGUUAAAAGUGCAAUUACAAACUCAACAAGGUGGAAGUACUUCAGUUUUCAACUUGACCGUAAAGAUUAUCAAAAGUGACGGAGUCCUAGCACUUUACAAUGGCUUAUCAGCGUCUCUUUGUCGACAAUUGUCGUAUUCGACUGUUAGGUUUGGAAUUUACGAAGUUGGUAAGCAGGGUUUAUCAGCUAGAGAUAAAAACAUUCCAUUUUAUCAGCGCGUAUUAUUAGCCUCUGUUGCUGGUGCUGCUGGAGGGUUCGUCGGAACACCAGCUGAUAUGAUCAAUGUUCGUAUGCAAAACGAUAUGAAAUUACCGUUAGAGCAACGCAGAAAUUAUAAACACGCUUUUGACGGAGUCUUCCGAGUAUGGAGAGAAGAAGGAUUCCCUAGACUGUUCUCAGGUGCCUCUAUGGCCACAUCUCGCGCAGUCUUGAUGACUGUCGGUCAAUUAUCAUUUUACGAUCAAAUCAAGCAAAUGCUAAUCGCAUCCGGUGUUUUUGCCGAUAACUUAUUAACACAUUUUAUGGCUAGUUUAGCUGCUGGUGCUAUUGCUACUACUCUUACUCAACCAUUGGACGUGUUGAAAACGCGUAUGAUGAACGCCAAACCAGGAGAAUUUUCUGGUAUUUUCGAUUUAAUAAAAUACACAGCUAAACUAGGACCUGUAGGAUUUUUUAAAGGUUAUGUUCCUGCAUUUGUGCGUCUUGCUCCGCAAACCAUAUUAACUUUCGUAUUUUUGGAACAAUUACGACUGAAUUUCGGAUUUUACCCGCAAGCAGUUGCUUCUUCGAAUAAAAAGGACGAAUAAUUUUAAUUAUUAUUUCUAAUUACCCUUCCGGUGCGCUAUUUUUUUCGCUUUCGAAGCGUAUUGCGUUAUUUAUUGCUUAUUAUCUAAGUUAUUUAGGUGUUCGCAUUUUUAUUUUGUAAUUUUUCUUUCAAUUUUUACCAUUUAACGUACUAUUUUGAAGUACGUGAGUUUCAUACCUAAGAGUUUUAUUUUUUUAUUAGAGCAAUGAUGGCUCUUAUACGUUAUGAUCAAAUUAUCAAGUUCUUAAGAAGCCGUUCACAUUCCCGAUUUUAAGAAUAUUGAAAAUAAUUUCAAUACAUAUCGUCUUUUGUGGUCGUUAGCAUUUUUAAAAAUACAAUCGGUAUCGUAACAUUUCCUGUAAUUUUUACUUUUACUGAUAUCGUAUUUUCGAUAUGAAAAUUACGUCAGAUCAAUAGCGAACAAAAAUUCCAGUCUACAUUCCAAUAUUUCAACGAUGUAUUUUUCCAUUUUAAUUAAUCGUAUUGACGACAGAAGAUUUACAACAGAUUUAACACUGUUCGUAGUUUUUUGAAACGAGAGAACGAAAACAAUUGAAAAUUGAAAUUUCAUUUUAUUAUUGCCUUGCAUUUUGGUGUACUGUACCCAAGUUUUUCUUUUGGUUUUGGUCAAAUAUCCUUUUUUGUUUGUUUUAUUUUCUGUUUUUUGUUGUAUGUAAUUCUUAAACCAUUUUAUUUUAUUUGAUUAGUUGACUAUAAGAUUUAAUGACGAACGAAUUUGAUUAUUGCUGUGAUGUUAAUUAACAACCAAUGGCUAUAAUAUUACUAGUUCAUUCGCUUUCAAGCAGCGUCAUAGAUAGAUCUUUACCGUCCAGUGAUUCGAUACCAUUUUAAAGUUUAACGAGCUAAAUAAGGCAUCCAUCCGUUUUUAUAGUUUUGUAUAAAUUGGCGUGUAUUUUUGAAAAUUAGUAGCUCCUUCCUACAUUUAUUAAUCGACCCAGUGACUCGAUACCUACUUGUCACCCUCUUUCCUAUUUUUUGUCGCUGCUUGCGAGCAUAUUACCGUUUAAUUUACCUACUUGUGUAAUGUGUACUUAUUAACAGUCGAAUAAUUCAUGGUGUGAAUUGUUUUGGUGAUAUGUAACGUAUUUAACAUUGGUUUUUUUGUUGUUAUUAUGCAUCAUUUUUGCAAUUACAUGUUGAAAAUGA